UCAAAACAUGUGUCCGUGGAGACGACGGAGCCGACGCGACCUCCGCGCCGCGUCUCUCGCUGCCCUGCGCGCACUUUACCCGACACGCGCAGCGACCGAGUCAACUCGUCUCGACUCAACUCGCCCCCGAUCCCACGCCCCCCUAGCUCCUCCCGUCUCGGUAACCGGCGCCGUCGUCUCCCACAACCCCUCCCCGCCCACGUGGCGCCCGCCAGCGCGCGCCUUUCUCGACACCACCGGCGUCCCCGCAGGCGACGCGGUUGGCGGGCCCCCGCACUCGCGUGCGGGCUAGCAGACUCAGCCAGCCUCGUUCACUGUUUUCAUGCCCACCACCUGCUCGAUCAUUUGCCUCCCUCCAUUUUUAAUACCUUCGAUUUCCACACUCGCCUCCUACUCCUAUAUAUUCACCAUGCAACACUUGACUUUGCUUCUCUUAACCGCCAACCGCAAAGCCAUGUCUUCUUCUGUUGCUCUACUAUUCUUCACUCUCCUUGCCACUCUUUCUCUUCUUCCUCCGUGCCACGCUCGCUCCCUGACGACAGUUCACGCACAGGAGCUAAACAAUUGGCACAGGAAUCCGGUGGUCAUGGCCAAAGCUGGUCGAACUCAAGUCGAGGUGGCUGAUGAAAAGGCUGGCAAUGCUUCAAGGAGCACUGCGAAGGGGAGCCGGUCUAAGGUUCGAGCGCUGAAGGAGCAACCGAGGUUCGAUUUGGAUUACGCGGGACCGAGGACACACACACCGUCUCAUAACUGAUUCGGUAUCGGUCGGUCGAUCAAUCGAUCGCUAUGAGUUUUUAAGAAAUUUUGUUUUGUUAGAUGAACCUUAUAAGUUAGGUGCAGGACUGUGUGCAUUUUGUUGGUUGCAUGCAGUGAAUUGAUUGACUCUCUUCUCCUCGUUGUAAAAUACAAGAUUGCAUACUCGAGUAGUGAAA